UAUAACAGCUUCAACUCUUCUGGGAAGGCUUUCCACAAGGUUUAGGAGUGUGUUUAUGGGAAUUUUUGACCAUUCUUCCAGAAGCGCAUUUGUGAGGUCAGACACUGAUGUUGGACGAGAAGGCCUGGCUCGCAGUCUUCGCUCUAAUUCAUCCCAAAGGUGCUCUAUCGGGUUGAGGUCAGGACUCUGUGCAGGCCAGUCAAGUUCUUCCACACCAAACUCGCUCAUCCGUGUCUUUAUGGACCUUGCUUUGUGCACUGGUGCGCAGUCAUGUUGGAACAGGAAGGGGCCAUCCCCAAACUGUUUCCACAAAGUUGGGAGCAUGGAAUUGUCCAAAAUCUCUUGGUAUGCUGAAGCAUUCAGAGUUCCUUUCACUGGAACUAAGGGGCCAAGCCCAGCUCCUGAAAAACAACCCCACACCAUAGUCCCCCCUCCACCAAACUUCACAGUUGGCACAAUGCAGUCAGACAAGUACCGUUCUCCUGGCAACCACCAAACCCAGACUCGUCCAUCAGAUUGCCAGAUGGAGAAGCGUGAUUCAUCACUCCAGAGAACGCGUCUCCACUGCUCUAGAGUCCAGUGGCGUCGUGCUUUACACCACUGCAUCCGACGCUUUGCAUUGCACUUGGUGAUUUAUGGCUUGGAUGCAGCUGCUCGGCCAUGGAAACCCAUUCCAUGAAGCUCUCUACGCACUGUUCUUGAGCUAAUCUGAAGGCCACAUGAACUUUGGAGGUCUGUAGCGAUUGACUCUGCAGAAAGUUGGCGACCUCUGCGCACUAUGCGCCUCAGCAUCCGCUGACCCCGCUCUGUCAUUUUACGUGGCCUACCACUUCGUGGCUGAGUUGCUGUCAUUCCCAAUCGCUUCCACUUUGUUAUAAUACCAC